AUGAUCGAGGGGACGCCGCUGGGGGGUGCGGAUGACCUGCAGGCUGAAGCCCUUGCGAUGCAGCUCCAGGACGAUGCCGCGGCCUUGUUGGCUGCGGUGCUGCCCUGGGCCGGCAACAAGCGCGGCGACGGAACCGACGAACGAACCGCCCAGCUGUCCGUGGUCCUCGUCGACGACGAGCGCAUGCGGGCGCUGAACCUCGAGUGGCGCGGCAAGGACGCGCCCACGGACGUGUUGUCCUUCGCGCAAGAGGAGAGCGGGGCGGGCGGUGACGACGUCGUGCGGACGGAGGAGGACGGCGCUGCGGACGAUGAGGAGGGCGAGGACGACGGCGAUUUCGGUGACUGGUGGCCGGAGCUGCCAGUUCGGCUGCUUGGCGACCUGGUUGUGUCUCUGGACACCGCCGCGCGGCAGGCGGAGGAGCGCGGCCACGGGCUGCGCGACGAGUGCCGCGUUCUGCUCGUGCACGGGCUGUUGCAUCUGUUCGGAUACGAUCACAUAGCGGAGCCGGACGCGCGCGAGAUGAGGGAGGCGGAGGCGCGCGCGCUGGCGCAGAUGGGAUGGACGGGCGCGGGACUGAUCGCGGAGGCCGGCGUGGGCGGCGACGUGCACGGGGAGGGCGAGGGCGCGGUCGCGGGGGCGGGGCGGAAGGUGCAGGCGGCCGCGGUGUCGGGGUCGUCCUUUCAAAGGAGGGACCGGCCUGCCGUGUUGGCUCUGGACAUGGACGGCACGCUGCUGAACAGCAGCAGCAAGGUGAGCCGCGAGAACGUCGAGGCGAUCCGCGCCGCGCUGGGCCUGGGCGUGCGCGUGGUCAUCGCGACCGGCAAGGCGCGCGCGGCCGCGGCUGCAGCGUUGGCGCCGCACGGGCUGUCGCAGCCGGGCGGCGUGGUGUCGCAGCGGUCGCCGGGGGUGUUCCUGCAGGGGCUGCAGGUGCACGGGCACGAGGGGCGGCAGGUCUCGGAGGCGCGGCUGCCGGACGAGGUGGUGCGGUCCGCGUUUGCGUGGGCCCAGGAGACGGGCACGUCGCUUGUGGCCUUCCUGGGGGACGCGUGCGUCACGCUCGACCUGACGGACCUCGUGCUGGACCUGCACACGACCUACUACGAGCCGCUCGCGGCGGUCGCUCCGUCGCUCGACGCCCUGUGCUCUUCGCAGUGGGACGGUGCGCCGCCGCCGCCGCCCGGGUCGUCGGCGCCGGUGGUCCGCAAGCUGCUGUUCCUGGACAGCCCCGAGAAGGUUGACAGCGUCCUGAAGCCGCACUGGGCGGCGGCGCUCGACGGCACGGGCGCGACCACCAUGCAGGCGGUGCCGACGAUGCUCGAGGUGUGUCCGGUCGGGCACCACAAGGGCACGGGGCUGGAGCUGAUGAUGCGCGACCUGGGCCUGCCGAUGAGCGAGCUGAUGGCGUGCGGGGACGGCAUGAACGACCUCGAGAUGGUCACUGCCGCGGGGCUCGGGGUGGCCAUGGCCAACGCCGUCGAGCCGGUGCGCGUCGCUGCGGACCACGUGGUGGCCAGCAACGACGACCACGGGGUCGCCGAGGCGAUAGAGAAGUUCCUUUUGUGA